CACAACAUCAUCAGUGUUGACUACUGUGACCUCGUUUACGGUUAACAAUAUAAUUCAGGCUAUUGUUACCAGAGCAUUUAUGAGAUGGAAGCGACGGACUGUGCUGAUAAUUUACUCAAAGAAUCCGUACUACAAGCGCUGUCGUUGCCUUCAUCUCUUGAUAACAACUUUAACGUUAUAUCAUCCCCAGUUAAUGACGCCUAUAUGGUGAGCUGCGCGGACUGCAUAUCCGAAUCUCUAGCGAGAAUACUGCUCAAGAUGGAUGGUACCUUGGAGUGUCCGACUUGUCACGAGCGUGUUACCAUGGUGGGACCUGUGGAACCUUUACGGCGUAUCUACAAUCUGGUAUCAGAUGAUACAGACAACCAAUAUGGGCAUGAGGAAAAGAAGGAAAAUCUGUUGUCUUUGUUCUACUCCAUUGCAAACACGGUAAACCAGCAAACCACUGUACCUACAUCGUCGAAGUCUAAAAGGCUUCAGCGACCAAGUGAGGCCUCGAUGUCAAAGAAGAGUGACAUUCUGGUCACCUCGAGGUCUUCAUCGAACCUGUCCAAGCUUUCUUCAAACCCCUCGUCAAACCUGUCCAAGUUACCUUCCUCUUCCCUUUCGAUGAAACACAGCUCAAAUGCAUCAAUACACACACAUUCAACGCAGUCAAUGUCCACACUCCCUACUGCUAUGGUUCAAGGAGCCGCACCUCAGCCACAACUGUCAUCUAUCAAAUCACCAAUACAGAAGAAUAAGGAAUUCUUCUUUGUGAAGUGCUUCCCCACAUAUAGACGCCAUUAUCAGUACAGUACGCAUUCGAAGUUUCUGAAGGCGAAAUCGAAAACGUUCAUUCAAACAAGGAUCUCACCAGGUGCACAAUUUUUCGCAUUACUGUCCCCAAGGAAGUGGGAAGUCUACGAGAUUCCAGAAGACCCUUCAAAACCACCAGUUUUACGCUGUGUAGGGAAAUCCACUGGUGAGUAUGGCCCAAACUUUGAAAAUUUAGAAAAACCACCCAUGAAUGAGUUGAGAGAAGGUAACACUAAUGCCAAUGACUUCUUGAAGAAAUUAGCUGAUUGGGAACACCUGUAUUGCUCUAUCUCGGACUCUUAUCUUGUCAUUUCAGGAACCCAUGGAAUUUUAAGGGUUUAUGAUUUGGGCUAUCGUGGGAGACCAGUCUAUCUAUACGCAUCCAACUUCCCAAUCCGUUGUAUUGACAUCUCUCCCUCGUCAGAGCUUGUCGCUUAUGGCAUUACGGGUAAAGACCGCGUGAGUGGAGCUGAGCAUGCACUUAUUAUGAUGCACAAGCUAAAUUUCAACAAUGGAUUGUUAUUCAAAGUGGAUUCUACAACUGUGAAACUCCCUUACAGGGAUCCGAUAAACAAAGUCUCGUUCUCUACGGAUUCGAAUUAUCUGUCGUGUUCCACAGCAUUGGAGUCAAGGUUCCUAACAGUCUUGGUUAAAGAUGCUGAGCACCCAAAACUUGUUAUGAAAUCUUUAAGAACACUGGAUACUUCUUUAGAGUCCGAAGGUAUCACAGAUAUCAAGAUGUUUGACAACAGUCGAUUUAUGUGUGUCACAUCGGUGGCCUUUAACGCAUCUCCCAUCAUCGUGGACAACAACAUUGCACUAACAAACGGUUUAGAAACAGUUGCACAACCAAAGCUUGUGAUGAAACUUUCAGAAGUUGGAACCCAAAUUCACAAGUGUGCAAUUUCGCCUAGAAAUGACGCGGUGGCAUUUGUUGAUAGAAAUGGAACAGUUUACUUAAUGAACUCCACGAGAAUGGACCAGGACCACAAGAGAUUUUUCAUAGUGGAUCAAGUGAGUAAUGCAUUUCGUGAAAGGGAAUCUGCUAGUGCAAUGUUCAGCGCCGACGGACACAGGCUGUAUCUCGUUGAUAGGAAGGGAAUCCUUUAUGUUAACGAUUUUGCAUCCGGCUUGCCAAAAGAUCCAGAGAUUACUCGCUGUAAACCUCUUGAGAGAUGAAAAACGUUUGUAUUAUACAUUGCAUAAUUAAUAAUAGCAUAUCAUUAACAUGGA